CUCUCUCUUCUCUUUCUCUCUCUCUCUCUUAGACGAAGAACGCUUUCGAUACUCUGUUUUUUCCCGCGAAAACGAAACCAUGGGUGGUUGUUGCUACUCGAAGCCUCUCGAGAAUGUUCAACCUCCGCAACAGCCACAGAAUCAGCUCGGCGAAAGCAAGAACGACGAAGUCAAGAACGACGACGGAUUUGUAAACUGGCCUUUCACAGAGUUCUUCCUCUCCGAUCUUACAACGGCGACCAAGAACUUCAGAUCCGACGAGAUCAUAUCAGAGAACGCAGAAGAAUCCUCCAAUGUUGUCUACAAAGGUCGCUUAUCAGAGAAUCUUGGUUUCGUCGCUGUCAAGAGAUUCAAGAAUACGCCUUGGCCUGAUCAUGAGGACUUUGGGGAAGAGGCACAAGAAGUUGGAGAGCUAAAACACAAGAGACUCGUCAAGUUGUUGGGAUAUUGCUGCGAUGAAGAAGAAAGACUUCUUGUUGCAGAGUUCAUGCCUAAUGAUACUCUUGCUAAGCGUUUGUUCCAUCAGAAAAACAUGGAGUGGUCAAUGAGGUUGCGAGUGGCGUAUCAUAUAGCCGAAGCAUUAGAAUACUGUAGUAGUGCAGGUUUUGCAAAGUACGAUAAUCUAAGUGCCUCCACUGUUCUGUUUGAUAAGGAUGAUGAUGCGUGUCUUUCCUGUUUCGGUUUAGUGAGGGAGAUCAUCGAUUAUGAUCGAAGAACAACAGGAAGUGUGAACACUGGGAAUGUGACAUACAGAUUUGGUACUAUCCUUGUGAAUCUACUAACUGGAGUUGAAAUUCCUCCAAGCCAUGCUCCUGAGAUGAUCAAUGGAAAGGAUAUUACUGAUCUGAUGGAUCCAAAUCUGAUGGGAAAGUUCUCUAAAGAAGAAGCUACCGUGAUUUUAAAUCUCGCCUCUGACUGUUUGCAGUGCACGGAUAGAAAGAGUCUCAUCACUGAAGACCUUGUUGCAACACUUGAAGGCUUGCAGGCUAAGAAAGAAAUUCCAUCUUCUGAAAUGCCUAAAAUAACAAAGCAGCAGGAGGAGGCAUCAUCUUCAAGUCAACAACAACUUCCACCCUGAAUCUGCUAAUAGCUUCAGCAAAGUAACUCUUCUCGAAGCAACAUUGUUAGGGAAGAAGAAUCUUGAUUUCUCUUGGCUAAAAAAUGAACUUUAUACUUUGAC